UUUUUGUACUUUUCUUCUGUCAAAGCGGAUGAUAUACCAAAUGGGAAAGACCAGAGUUACGGCAUUCGUCGUCGUCGUCGGAAAAGCCUAUUUGCGACGGUACAAUGGAGGUUGAAGGACCGUCGUCCAUGUGCCCAAACGCGUGCGAUCGUCCUGGAAUGUAUACAUGGAUAUAAAGCAGUUGUGUUUGGUGUACAUAAUAACGACGAUGCAAUUAAUUACGCUGGUGCCUAAAUGCGACUCACAAGCGCUCGAGCAACAAGACAAAAAUGCCGAUUACGAUGCCCACAAUUUUACCAAUCUGAACGUUUUCUUGUGGUCCGGUUCCGGUGACGGUCCUGAAGAGUCUUCGCCGGUCGCUAAAACUCCUGUGAAGUCUUACACGGAAAGCCCCGAGGACUGCAUAGGAGGACAAGACUGCAACAUUCGACCCACGUCGACCGUCCCGUCAAUCGCCGGCGGGGUGAUCGACAUAUCGGAAACUGCUGACUUACCGGACCAGACUUAUUGGAUAGUGACGGAACUCCAGGCGUCGUCGCGUAUCAACGUGACGUUGCCAGUCAUCGAAGACAGGCUGUCCGCGCUCUAUGCCGUGGCGUUUACAAGACAGCAAGCCAGACACCUGGGAGUCAACCAGAAUAGGACGACCAUCAAAGUCGACGACGAGCUGGAUUAUUACCGAAAUCGUAGACAGGACGCCGACGAUAACCGGAUCGCAGUCAAGGUAAGCGUUUUGCCGUUAUCCAGCGAUUUUCAUUUGGUGUACUUCGUCAGCGUCAAUGGCCGACCGGUGUCCGCCGCGACGGCGGUGCACGACAUGAGCCUGGUGUCCGCUCGAGAAGCCGCCUACUACCUGGGAUACGCCGUCAAAAUCAAAGCUCGACCUUACCUCGACGGGUUGCUGGUACGUAAAGUGCAAGGGGUGACUAACGGCCAGGUGUUCGCGUACGUCAGCGUGGCCUUUGUGAUCGUCGUGGUACUGGUAACGACCGUUCUUAUAGCUCAUAAGAAGAAAAGCAGGAAAAAUAGUAUCAGUUCGGCAAAAACAAACAUGGCUUUUUGCGCAGAUCACACUCCACAAAAAGACUUGAAGAGCGAGGGCACGUCUACAGAAGACAUUACCGAUUUUCGUACACCAGAACCGAAACCGAGGAACAGAAGCAAAAUAUCUAAUACUUUGCAUUCCAUGCAAGCGGUGAAUAAAUUUCAAAAAGAUCUAAUACCCGGACCGCUGACGGAAGUAUUGCACGAACGCGACGAACAGAAAAACGUGCGGACAAUCAGCAGACACGAAAGCAUUGGAGAAGGUCAAGAUCCCGGAGUGGUCGGUCCCAUUGUGUGGGAUUUGCACUGCAAACAAAUGCAAAUCAUCAAUUCCAAGAACCAAGACAACGUGUCCCUGACGAGUUUCGACGUUUUCGACGCGGCGGACAACAAUGUGACGAAAAUGCGCCAAAAGUUCCACGAACUGCUGGACGACGCGUUCACAUUGUUUGGCAGUCGAAACUCGAGUUUGCAAAGCAACGACAGCAGUCGACCGUCGACGAACACCGACGAGUUAAGAUCGAAAUCGGCUCCUUUCAGAUCUUCUGCCAAUUCGAACGAUUUGCCUCGAGGAAACAGGCCCAAGACUUCGUCGGCCAACGACGAUGACCAUCAGACGACCUCGGGAGGAGCGUCGUGUUGGGCACCGCCGCCGGGCGAAGCGUGGACAGGUUCGGACCAGUCAAUGUUCGCGCCUCGGCCGUUGAGCGCGGGUCCUUUCCACCGGCCGUCGUUGAACACCGAGUUCAUCUGCACGGACGCCCAACUCUCCCCCCAGGACCCCGCCGUCCCGUUAAUCCGAGCCAUACGCAACGAACUGGACAAAUUCCCCAAACCCGACUCUGACUCGCCGCGGUAACGUGCGUCGUUAUAACUCCGAAAUUCUAAAUUACAUUGUUUCGGAUUUUACAUAAUAAAAAUAAAAACACAUCAUUGCAGAGAAAACAUCCGAGUUUAGACUUAUCGUGUCACUGUAAUACAACUUUGAUCUGUGCCAGCGAAAUUAAAUUACUAUGAUGAUCGCUCUUGCUAAUUAUUAUCAUCAUGAAUCUCAAUAGUACUAUUAGAAAGUAAUACAUUUAUUUUUGUCGAGAAUUACAUACAUAUUAGUAUGGCGUUUAAACGCAAGUCAUAAACGACUGUCCGGAACAGUCUGUCCUAGGUGAGCACACUAUGAUCAUGUUUUUUCAAUAUAAUAUUUAGACGCGGCGUUGGUGCAACUUGUUUUUGUUUGUUCAAAAACUAUUUAUUUGUUUUUCACGAGUUUCCCUGCACAAUUUUUUGUUCACGUUGAACUAUUGUGUAUCCCAUUAUUAAUAUUAAUGUAAUUUUACAAAACAGAAUACGUACCAGCCCGUGUGUUCAUAUAAUUUAAUUAUUUUUAUUAUUAUUAUUAUUAUUGUUUUGACAAUCCAACGUCGUAUCUGCGCGGUGCCGUAUUUUUCAAUGAAAUAUUAUGUGCCAAAAAGGUUUAAAACAAAGACGUGCUUGAUUGUUCUGCCGAUAAAAAUAAUCAUAUGAACAAGUAUUAUAAUAAAAUCCACAAUAAUAUAUGUAUAGAAAGUCGGAUUAUUCGUUUGCAUUUAGUUUCAAUUAAAACAAA